CUCGGCAGACUUCCUGUCCACGGCAGCUUAGCUGUUGUUUAAUGGCGGUGAUUAACAGUUUCUGACUGGCUUGGGUGAGGUAGACGCGGGGAAAGCGAGCGUUGCUGGCGGGUAAAGAGCAACCGACACAAGGUAUUUGUCGCCCAUAAGGACUCUUAUUGUGAUACACGCGCUGGAGACGAGGACGCUAAACGGUCGUCUCCCGGUCACUCUGACGCUACAGCUGCGUUCGCCGAGGACGUGUGAGUCAAAGCCGGAGAGUAGAACUGGACAAACUGUUUAUUUCGGCGUCCGGUCAUACGGAGGAAGAAAAAAAGAAAGAAUACAAACCCGAAGGACACGGAGACUUUGAAGUAGUUGUAGCUGACGCACCAGCGACGCGAGUGAACGUUCACAGUCUCGGAGAUUAGCGUCACCCGCUGGGACGAAUACCGGCCUUGUUACCCCACGGUCCUGUGUGUGGACUCGGCCGGUGUUGUACGAGCGCUAUGCCCACGGCUGUCAGCAAGGAGGUAAAGAGGAGAGAUGUGGAGUAGUAAGACUGGUGAAGCUUCGGGGCUUCCACUGAGCAGCAACAGCAGGAGAGAACUGGCUUCAACAUGGGAAAGUCUGAACCAAACCAAAGCCACUCUGCGGCACAUAGAGAAUCGCCUCGAAGUUGCUCCAAGUUCUAUGGCAGUUUUGGAGUCUAUCAUGGACGUGAAGAAGACAUCUAGCAGCUCAAAUAGGAAAGUCAGCAGGAAAGAUGGACGGUACCAUGUGGAUUCGGCUUCAGCUGCCAAACCUACUGGUCGAGGACGGGCAGGCAAGGACAAGUCCUCCCGCAGCCCUCUAAGGGUCACAACCCUGGAGAGCAAUGUCAAGAAGGGGCACAAAGUGGAGUUUCGUGAGCCGUUGGCUUCAUACAGAGAUGCAGCACCUUCUUACUUGAUGCCUUCCCAUCUAGAUGACCCAUGCUUGUUAUCUGACCUGCAUACCACUGAUACGAAGCAAGUGGAUGACAGACUGAGCAGGAUGAUCUAUGAACGAGACACACGGGACUUGCAGAGUCAGGAUUUUGAAAGCACUCUCUCAACUGCCGUUAAUGAUACGGUCGUCCAGUAUCUUAAUGAUCGUCCAGCUCUGGACAUUCUACGGAGAUCUGAAGCACUUUACAAAACUACUACAGGGUCAUGGAAAGCAGAAAAAGACUUUGUCGCUGCAGACGAUGGAAGCAGAGUGCUAUACCCUAAUGGUUGUCAAGUGGCAGUAGCAAACUCACAGUCCUCCAGUCCCAGUUCCUCUUCUCAGCGUCUAGAAAUCUUGAAGAACAGGCAGCACGAUGAGAAACUGGAGAAGCUGAAGGAGCGCAUUCGCAAGCAACGGGAACAUUCAGAGGAAACGACAGAGAGGGAACGGCAAAUGGGGUACCUGGAGCAGCCCAUUCCAGUCAACGUGGAGACGUCGGCUCCCAAUGCUAAAGUGCGGAAAGUGGCUGUGGCACGUCCUGCACCUGUCUAUAAGGGUUUCAAUCCAACUGAGACAAAAAUUCGAACUCCAGAUGGAAAAGUGUGGCCAGAAGCAGAAUUCCAGAAUCUUAGCAGAGAGAUCUAUCGAGACCUGUCUCUUCAGCUAGCAGCUGAAGAAGUAAAGACAAAAAGUAAACCGCCCGAAAUAGACAAGAAGCCUGUAAAAACAACAAGGAAAGUCCAUAAAGCACCCCUCUCCCUCAGUCCGGAAGCGAAACCAGGUUCGCAUGGAAUUAACACUGCAUCCUGGAGAGAAGGGCAGAAGGUCGUUCGAAUGGUUUUAGGCCCUCCACCAACCACUGCUGGCACAAAGCGGGCCCAGUCAAAUGAGAGAGCAGCACCGGCCACAGGGAAUAGAACAGGAAGCACGUUAAAGACCGAAUCUGACAAGUGUCUCGAGAAGACUAAGAAACCAAGAGCCCGAAGUGCAGAGGGUCGGCAACCAGAAGUCAACUUGAAAAAAUCCACCUCCUCCACUGAACUACCGUCAGGGCCUGAGGAGAAGCCUCACACGAGUAAAGACUUCCUGUCUGUGGAGAUUCGCAGCAUCCUGGAUGACCUACAUUUGGACAAUCCCAUAGGGGAAGCAGAAGACAAGCAGUCGGGGGUAACGGACAGAAUGGCAAGGGGUUCUCGCCUGUCUCGGAGCGCAAGUCCUGCCAAACGCAAGCAAGAGAGUAACGAGGCAGGCUUAAAAAAGAGGCACUAUGACAGCGACAGUGUACGACAGUACAUUGUCCGGCAACAGGAGGAGCGCAAGAAGAGGCAAAGCGAGGAGAAACGAGCACAAAAGGAGGAGGCUGAGCGCAAGAACAAGCGCCUGCAAGAGCUUUACAAAAAGCAGAAAGAGGCCUUUGCUAAAUCCAAGCUGACCCCACAUGCCGCAGCGCAGAAGAGGCUGCAGGAGACCUACACCAAACUCCUGGAACAGACCAAGUUAAAGGACCAGCUGCCUACAGUUAGUGAAGUUCAGGCCAAACCCAUGUAUCAACCCUCUGGGGAGUCGGACAAAGAAAACAAAGUCCAGGAGCGUCCUCUAAGUGCUUCUUCCAGCAGCGACCUGUCCCUGUCUGAGCCCCAGCAGCCUCUGACCAGAAAUGACUUGAAAGGACCCAGCUGGAUGCAACCAGAUCGUUUGAGCCCAUCAGAGAGGAAUAUUACCUCUCCAACACCACAGUCGGGAAGUCUUUUCACACAGUUGCUUGGUCUGGAUCAACAGUCCCUACUGCAGAAGGAGUUUGAGUCCGUUCUGUCCAGGCAGAGGAAGGAGCCGCCUUCUGUGGGGAUCCCCUAUUCAUCUCUAUCUAGUAACGUUUUGCCUAAGAGCGCUGGCCAGAACAAAAGCAGAUCCCACCGCAUUGAGGCUCUUAAGGCCACCGCUGCCUCCCUGUCCAGCAGGAUUGAAAACGAGGCAAGGAAGCUGGCUCAGACCAGCAUAGCCUGUAACUCGGUGUGUGCCGCUGAAAAGGCCGUGACGCCAUUUAGCAAUAAUGAUGGGUGCUGGGCAAAAUCUGAAAGUCCCCCAGUACGAGAGAACAGUGAAGAGGAUUUGUCUUCCAGAAUUGAGAGGUACUUAAAUACUGGACAGACAGUUUUUGAAGGGGACCUUCCAGGUGUUGGAAAUCUCUACGAGUUUAAAAAGCGUAAAGACACAGACCGAUCUCCUGUCCCAGAGGGACUUGUGCCAGCUACAGUCUCUGUGGUUGAAAAGCAGACCAAGAGCUCCCCAGAGCCUGUAGUAGCAUCAUCUAAGGUUCAGCUGGAGCCACAUGAGUCAAGUUUGGACUCGAUCAGUGAAGGAACACUCCUCAGCGAGGGCACCCUCUCCGAAGAGGAAGAGCCAGCACAUCUGCAGUCACCCCUAAAACUAGCUGAGCGACUUGAGGAGAGAGAUUUUUGUGCUGCUGAACAAACCCUUUUUCAGCCUAUCACAGACUUCAAAAAGGAAGCCGAGAAAUUCCCAACCUUCACCACUCAGCUGGCUGAGGCCGAUUGGAAGGGCCCUUGGGAGGAACUCAAAGGAAGUCCACACAGUGUCAUCAAUAUUUUUACCAGGAACUUUCAAUCCUGUUCAAAAGUAUUGGAAGAGAAAGGUGAGAAAGUACAAUCAAGAUCAUUGCUAUCUGCCGGGACUCCUGCCGAGGUGUCGUAUGAAGAUGACUUUGUCUCUACAAACAGCAGCAGCAGCCACUCAGUCAAGAGAGCCUCCAGUAACGGCAGUGUCUCCAGUUUUCACGAGGAGCUGACAAGCAGAAAAUCACCCAGUGAUCAGAAGGUCCUCCGAUCCGUUGACCAUUCUCCCAAAUCUGACGUGGCGUCCUCACCUCGGUCUGCUUCAUCACUGAAGAAGGAUCAUGUAGAAGACAGCAACCUCCAGCAUUCUCUGGAUGAUGAUAAAGCAAUCUCUUCAAUGUCACAUUUUGAGGCAACACCAGGGAAGCAGUGGAGCCCCCCGUCGAAGACUUCACCUCAUAGAACAGACAGAGGCCUGGAAAGUGACAGCAGUUUGGGAGACCUGUCCCCACGCUCCAUACACAGUGUCAAAUCAGAUGCUGGCCUGUCAAAGAGGAGUGCGGUUUUGUCACCAUCCAGAUCACCGGUGAGUUCAGCAGGGUCCCUGAAGUCUUCACAAGGCAGCGAGGCCAUAGCAGGCCCCAGUGGUUCCAAGAUGGGUGUCGCCACUCCCCUGGACACUCGAUUUAGACCAUCUGUGCCCUCAGCAUUUACAGAUUUGAACAAAGAUUCUGCUCCCCCAGGCUUCAUGCAGUUUUCACCAGCUGUGCUCCAACAUCGUAUGAGCGCCGAGCUUAGCUAUCUGGAUGUCAUCGAGGAGUCGGUACGGCAGCUGUCCGACAUGGAGCGUGUCCGGGGCAUUUCCAUGGCGCAGCAGGAGACCGUUUCCCUUGCACAAAUUCUGAAGGCACAGCAGCAAAGGCACGAGCGAGACUUCUCUUUGCUGAAGAUGAAGGCUGAACAAGAAGCCUUGGACGCCCAAAGACAACUGGAGGAAACCAGGCAGAAAGCUGCUCAGGUGCACGUUGAAUCCCAGCAGAGUUUUGCACAGGCGCGGCAGGAGGCAGCUGAAGCUUUGCAGAACAAUGCUAGCCAGAUGCUGACUCAGCAGAUCGAGGCGGUUCGAUACACGGCAGAUGCAGCGCGGCACAUCAAAGAGAUGACUGACCUAGCAAGAUCUCAGAUUGCAUCUGCCAUCAGUGUGCCACACAUGCCCAUCACAGCUCUAUAUGAUCAGCAGCGGCAGCAGCAGUCUGAGUUCAUCAAGGAGCUGAGGAGCAGGAGCAUCCAGGACAGGAAAAAUGAGGCAUCCACCACAUUGGUGAGUAAAGAUAAUUUGGCAGCAAAGUCGCAUCACACUGCCUCAUUCGAUAGCUACUCCGAGUCUUCAGCUGCAAAGAACCGCGAUGCCAGUUCCCUCAGUGGUGCCAGCAGCAGCAGCAGCAGCAGCAGUAAACGUGAUGGCUCCCCACUCCCAUCCUUGGAAAGGAAAAAGAAAUCCUCCCCAAAGGAGACCAAGAGCAUCUCGAUUGAAGAGGAGGUGAACACGGCUGCUGAUGACUCUCUGCGGAGCGGCAGCAUCCCUUCUCUGCCUGAUGAAAAAGACAACGCCUCUGUGGCCACCGAGUACUCCCUGAAAUUUGACGAGUCGAUGACGGAGGAUGAGAUUGAAGAGAAGUCGUUUCGUUCUCUCCUGCCUUCAGAAUCGCAUCGGCGGUCCACACUGGAGAAGAAGAACAAGCCUCACGAUGAUUCAGAUGAUGAACAUCCUCGCAGUCUGUCCUCUCACUGCUCUGUGAAAGAUUCCAGUAUGCCUUUCUCCGGUGGUCAAGACAGCUUCUUCAAAUUCACAAUGGAGAUGGUUCGGCAGUAUAUGAAGGAAGAAGAGGUGCGAGCCCACCAUCAGUCCUCACUGCUCAGGCUGCGUGAGAAAGCCCUCAAAGAGAAGACCAAAGCAGAGCUGGCAUGGCUGGAGCUUCAGAAAAAGCGCUUGAGAGACAAAGGAGAAGAUGACAAGAUGCCACCAAUUCGGAAGAGGAAGAGAGGUUUGCUUCUGAGGCUGCAGCAGGAGCAGGCUGAAAUCAAGCGGCUUAAGGAGGCCAACAAAGCUGCAAGAAAGGAACGGCAGCUCAUCCUGAAGCAACAGGAGGAGAUUAAACGCAUGCGCCAGACCACAAUAAAGCUGCAGGAGAAGCUCAAGUGUGCCGGCAAUGACGUGCUGGAGCUGCCUAGCUCAGAUACGGUGGAAGAUGCCGCCAAGCUCAGUUCUGCACCGGAGGGCAUGGAAAGUCCGUCUGCAGUGUCCGCCUCGGAAAGUGAAACCAGCAGCAUAAUGCAGAAGCUGAAGAAAAUGCGCAGCCACAUGGAUGAAAAACACUGCUCUCCUGUCCACUACUUCUUCUCUGUCUUUACGUCUCACCACUGGGCCUCUCUCAGUGUCUGUUUUCCAAACCUCCACCCCAAAUUCCAGCAGUUUAUCUACAACCAGUUGGUCAGGUUCCUGACAAAGCGAGAGCAGAAGUUGAUGCAGAGGCGGCGCAAUGCCGAGGAACUUUUGGAAUGGAGGCGACGGCUGGACUUGGAAGAGGCUGCGAUCCGCCGCAUGGAGAAGCAGGCCUUGGCUGCCUGGGACAGGGAGCCCAGCCGACAGAAGAAGAGUCCAGAGAAGCGGGAGGACAGCAGUCCAGAGCGUAAAGAGGCUGCCAGCGAGGAGGAGUCGUCUGUUCGCGUGCCAUCCCAGUCCAGUGUGCACAGCGACAGCUCUGUCCCGGAGGAAGUGUGCAGUCUGCCAGCUGAGAACACUGCAGCUUCUGAAGUGGCCUCCUACACCAAGGAGCAGGAUGAGCUGGCUUAUUCCCAGGACUUUGAGCCAUCGUCAUCUCCCAGCAAACAGACGGCUCCCUCGAAGUCCAGCACCGCUGUAAGGCCAGAUGUGGGUGCCAAGAGCAGUAGUGCACCAGCCAGCACGCCCAGGACCUGGACCGAGGAGCCUCAGUCUGUGUUUCAGUCAGAAACGGCGUCCGACCAGAGUGACAUCGAGAUUCGCAUCAAUGCCUUGAAGGACGAGCUGCGCAAGCGCAAGUCUAUAGUCGACCAGCUGAAGAAGGAGCAAAGGAAACGGCAGAAGGAAAGGCUGAAGGCCCAGGAGGCGAGCCUUCUGAAGAAGCUGGAGUCUUACAAUGACUUCAUCCAGAAGACUCAGGAGGAGCUCGGCAAAGAAAAGGACGCGUUGGCAGCGAGCAAGCCACAGAUUAAGACCCCCUCGAUGGGCGCAGAGACGACCAAGAUGAAGACUCCCUCUGUCCACUGGCCCGAGUCCAUCAAGAAUAGCAGUCUGCUGCCCGAUUCAGAAGCCCCCCGCUCCUUACCAGAGGACACCGCAGAGCAGGGUGUCACCAGAAGCCGCAGUCCAGAGAGCCCACGGUCUCCGAACGAGUUAGAGCCUGCUGCACCGGACCAUGUGGACCCCCAGCCUCAUGACGCCUCACACAGAGCCUUCUCCCCUGACUAUAAAGAGAGGGCCGAAGACGAGCUCGGCCUCAACAGUAGCAGGUCGCUGAUCUUGGAGGAGCUGAAAUCUGAGGAGUCUGAAGACAUGGACUCUCACAACUUGCCCUCUCUAAAGCUGGAAGACCUGAGGACUACUGGUGUGAAAAGCGUGACCCCACCUAGAGAGCCAGUUUCAGAAACCGACGCUCUGUCAGCUUUGGAAGCUGAACACAACGACUUAGAAGGGGACGAGUCUGAAGUGCAGGGCAGGGUCAAGACUGAUGAUGGCCCAGCACGUGAGAGACCCUUGGAGGACAGUCAACCUGAGCCAGAGGCUCCUUCUGACCUGCCAAGGACCGAAGAGCGCGAAGAGGACUUCCAGAGUGACGCCUCCACAAAGACCAGAGACACCGGAGACUCCGCAUCAAAGGGUCCUGGGAAGGCGCCCUGUCUGGAGGAGUCCAACGAAAGCUACCGGGAUGACUUUGAGUUGUCGUCCGCCAGUGAAAAUCUCAAAAACAGCUGGACACGCUCUUCUGCCAAGUUGGACCACAGGACAGUGUCACUUGAGCAAGAAGACAGCACGGAGGAAAUCGGUGAAGAGCUCAGCGACAAGUCCUAUUCCACUCACAGCAGCUUUCGGUCGGAGAGGCUGCUGGAGCUGAAGUCGCCUACCGAGGACGAUAAGAACAAGGAGAGGCACGAUGGCGAGAUUGAGCGACACUCCCCAGAGCCCUCGGCAGCUGAAAAUCCUGACCUGCUUCCCGACUUCCAUGUUGGUGACAGGGUCCUGGUCAGUAGUGUGCAGCCAGGCACCCUGCGCUUUAAGGGGAAAACUGGCUUUGCCAAUGGCUUCUGGGUAGGAGUGGAGCUGGACAAAUCAGAAGGAAGCAACAAUGGGAUGUACGAUGGUGUCCGUUACUUUGAGUGUGCGGAGCGGCAUGGCAUCUUUGCUCCACCACACAAGAUAUCUCGGCUCCCAGAUCAUUUUGAGGCCUAUGUGGACACCACAGAAGAUGAAGAAUCGUUGGACGAGCGCUCCAAAGCCAUAGAUGAGCCGGAUCAGGGGGUGUGGGACAGGAAGGAGGAUGAAAAGGAACUGAAGCCACCACUGGAUGAACUGCCGGCCCAGGACCUGAAACCAUCUGCAGGUGACGCGUCGCCAGAAAGCAGCAACGUGCAGGAGAUGGGGAAGCCAGUUGGCCUUGAAGCCGAGAUGGUAGCAGACCAAACAUGCCAGGCUGCCCAGAAGUCCAAGCCCGAAUUUGCCACCCAAGGUGUCUCUGGCCUCCAUGAUGGGAACGGACCGGCAAUUGUGGAGGUAGAGGACAUGACACGGCAGGAGAAGCAGCCGACUCCACUCCUGGACCUUCUGAACCGAGAGAAGGAAUGCUUAGAGGCUCAGAGAAAGCCUUCGUUGUUUGAGUCGUUGUUGGAGCAGGAAGCCAUUCGACCAGCCGGACAGCAGGCGGGAGACAAAGUGGGGGAGAUGGCGGACAAAAUUAUUAGCAAGUUUGUGAGCGACGCAGUGUGGCAGAUGCAGCAAAUCAGGAAGGCCCAGGUGGAGAAAAUCAGAGUGGCCAACGCAGAGGGAGACCACCUGCCGGACGAGUCUGCCCCCCGGCUACCACCACGCCAGCCUCUUUCUCGGGACGUCCUCAAGGACGUUGUGCCCCGCCUUAUGGGGAAGGAGGAGCUGGAGGAGAAAGAUGGCAGCACUUCUCCUGAUUUGUGCCUACGGCCGGAAAGUCCAGUGUUUGGCACUAAUGGGCAGGAGGAGCUGGCCAAGCGCCUGGCAGAGCUGGAGCUCGGCCGAGACCUGCUGGACGCGCUGGGCGAUGACCAAGACUGGUUUGACGAGGACUUUGGCCUGAGCUCCCGGAAAGAGCAGCAGAAGCGGCAGCAAGCGGGCACAGCUGUAAAGGAGCCCCAGAAGUCCCUAGCAAGGCCACAGCUGCCCCUUCUGAAGCCUCGGGAUGAGCCACUCGUGGUGGUCCCACACACCUCAGCAGAGGUGGACAAGUUGGUCCGCUGUGCGGUCGACGAACUCUGGAAGUGUAAGCUAUCGGGACGGCGCGUUGAAGAGGCCUGUGCCCCGGCACACUACCUGGCCAGUGACGCCGUUGGUCAUGACAGCGACAGCAGAAGUCGGCUCAGCUACAAGUUGGUCGUGUUUGAUUUGUCACGGGAAAUUUUCCAAGAGAUCUUUGCGGAAUGCCUCGGGGUCAGCCGGCCCCUCUGGAUGAAGUCUGCUCGCCAGCCCUUGCCGUACUACCGACGGGUGACCAAUCCCAACAACCCAGAAGAAGUCAAGGACUUCAUCAGUGCUGAGGUGCAGAAGCUGAUUGGGCUGAAGGAGGAGCAGAAGACCGACUGGCAGAAGCUGCUGAAAUUUGGACGGAAGAAGCGAGACCGCAUCGACCAAAUCCUUGUUCAGGAGCUGCCCGAGGAGGAGUCUCAGUGGGUCAACUACGACGAGUAUGAGCUCUUCGUGAAGAUGCAGCUGACGGACACCGUCUUCGAUGUUCUCCUCAAAGACACCGUGGACGUCCUGCAGAAGAUCGAAAGCAAAAGGGCGGCGCUGUGCCUGUCCUGAUGGGAGCCCAGCACGCCUUGGUGUUGACCCCUUAAACCUGAGCCUCGGCCACCAAAGCGUGUGGACUUGGUGAUGCCACUCAACCACAGACCACCCCCCAAAACGCCCACGAGGGCCGCUUGCAUUUUGCACAAAGCACGGCAUCCACAUUGAACUCGAGACAUGACCCCCUGACUGGCCGGGACUCGGGGUGCUGUGCGGAGCCCCACGCCCCCCCCGACGCUGUUACAGGUUUUCUUUCCACGCCUGUCGCAGGUCCUCGUCAGUUCGAUCUUCAUCUCAGGGACAAGAAUUGUGCAAAAAAAAUGUAUUACUUGCACUUUUUUUUUUCUUUUUGAACCCGCAGCACGCACACGUGACACACGACCUCCUGCUGGGUUCAAGCUGCAUGUUGGCCCAGUGCUGCCAUCAUGUGGAUGUUUGGUUUUUUUUAAAUUUGCUGAAUGGUAAUAAUGAGGUACCGAAGUCGACGUCGGCAGCCCGGACGUUUGUACAACGUGUAAAUAUGAGGGGGAGAGCGAGAGAGAGAGAGAGCGCGGGCGACUUAGAGUCCUGCAUUGUAAAUUUUUUUUUUUUUUGGGAUCUGUACAUAUUAUAAUUAUUUGUUUAAUAAAAUGGAACUUGUAAAUAAAUGACGAUUUCUAAAUGAAAA